UCAAAUGGUGGCAAAACCAAAAAUCUUCGGAUUCCAUUUCCGCAACAUCCACCACAAUCGCCAAACUCCUAUUCUUGAACCUAUUAAAACCCCCAUCUCGUGUAAAUUCAUGAUCCAAAUGUAGUACACACACAGACACGAAUAUAAAUUUAUUGUAUAGAUACAUGCAUAGGAUUCACAAUAAUCUUGAUGGGUUAUCUUUCUUGUAACGCAGAAUCGGCUAUCUCAGCAGCCAAUUCCAAGACUUCACCUUCAACCUUCUCAAAGAAAUCCCAUCAUCAUUCUGAAAAAGAAAAGGAAAAGCCCAACAAAAUUCAGGAAUUCAACUAUAAAGAUCUUCAAGCAGCCACUAACAAUUUUUCCGAUCAAAAGCUAUUGGGCAGGGGCAGCCAUGGCCUUGUUUACAAAGGGGUUCUCCAAGGUCGCCUUGUGGCCAUAAAGAAAUCCUCAAGAACUGCACAAAUGUCGGUGACGGAUAGCCCAAAUGAAGUCGAGAAUGAAAUUGAUAUAUUGUCAAAGCUGCAGGGUCCAAGACUAGUUAAUCUUGUUGGAUUCAGUAAGAAUGAUUCUCUAGAUCGCCUUUUAGUGGUCGAGUUCAUGAGAAAUGGGACGCUUUAUGAUGUUCUGCAUUCGAGUUCCCGGCCUCCCACUUGGGGAAGAAGGAUAAAAUUAGCUUUACAAACUGCGAAAGCCAUUGAUACCCUUCAUUCUUCAAGUCCUCCGGUAAUUCAUCGCGAUAUCAAGUCGGCCAACGUGUUGAUAGACCGGAAUUUCAAUGCAAGGUUGGGGGAUUUUGGUCUGGCAUUGAGGUGUGUGGAUGAUUAUAGGUUAAGAUCAACUCCCCCGGCAGGGACAAUGGGGUAUUUAGAUCCCAGUUAUGUAACCCCGGGCAAUCUGAGUACUAAAACUGAUGUGUUUAGUUUUGGAAUACUUCUUUUGGAGAUAAUUAGUGGGAGGAAAGCUAUUGAUAUGGGGCAUUCGCCGCCUUCUGUUGUUGAUUGGGCUAUUCCAUUGAUUAGGAGAGGGAAAUUUUUGGCCAUUUAUGAUCCCAGGAUUGAACCACCCAAGUACCCUUCUGUGAGGAAGCAGUUGGCGGUGGUAGCUGCGAAAUGUGUGAGGUCUUGUAAGGAGAGGAGGCCGACAAUGAAGGAAGUAGUAGUGUGUUUGAGCGGAUUAAGUAGGCUGGUUCCAAUCCGUCCAUGGAAUGGACUUGCUAAUCCUUGUUUGAUGGUUGAUACCAUGGGGAGACCAGUAGAUUCGAGAAGGGUCCAGGUGAAUUCGAAGGGAAAGGGGUCUGAUGACCGGAAUUUGGAUGUUGGGGAUGCCAAACUAGGACUACCAUUGAGGAAUUCGCGGAGAGUGUACUCUCACUUGGGGUUUAGGAGCAAUUUGUUGGACUUAAUGGUUGGCCCUGAUGAGGAGUCCGAGUUUCGUGGUGAGAAUGAUUGGAUAGAACCUAAACUGGCAUACAGUUCUGGAUUUCAAAGUAGGAGUUUCAAUGGGCGAAGUAAUAGGUCUAAGGUUCUUGGGUACAGUAAAGGGAGUGUGUCUUGCAUAAAGAGAAACGACUCUGUUGGAGAGAAUUCUAAUUCAUUGUAUAGAAAAGAUUUCAAGAUUUCUGGAUCGAGUACUGUUUCUAUGGUUGCUGAUCCAAGCUAAUGUUGUGUUGAAUAGUUCUUUGGAAUUCUUGCUGAUUUGAUGUCCAAGCAAAGUUCACUACUCUGAGCUUCUCGUUCUGUUAUUCAACAUUGUUGUAGAUUAUCUUUGGCAUUCAAUUGAAUAGCCUGUGUCAUUUGUCAUCUGUUAAGUCAAAAAUGCACCACUGGUGCAUUCUCGAUAGUUUCGUGUUUUCUUUAAGAGCUGAUGAAUGACUGAAAAUGCAGCUCUAAUUUUUGAGCAAAGAAAAUCUUCGUAGA